UUUUAAUCUCGAAAGUGUUUGUUUCUCUGCUGUUCUACUCUGUGUUUGCAGACAUGAAGUUCUACUUCAGUUACUUCAUGCUUCUGUGCAUGAUUUGCAGCAUCAGCUGCACGACAACAAAGUACUUCACGUAUGAGGAAGACGCACCUGGGACAGAGAUCGGAAACCUUUCUCAAGACCUGAAAAUAGAUCCAGCGGAAGAUCCUGAGACAUCCUUCAAGUUUAUACAGAAGACAAACUCCAUCAUUCACAUGAGGCAAAUCGACGGGCUUUUAACAGUCGGAGAAGUCAUCGACCGAGAGCAACUGUGUCAACGAUCUCCGCAGUGCGUUAUGACUUUUGACGUCGUCGCCUUCUCAAAGGAGAAAUUCCAGCUCAUCCAUGUCGAGAUCGAGGUGAAAGACAUCAACGAUCACUCGCCUCAAUUCACACGCAACGAAACCCAUUUGGACAUAUCAGAAAACGCACCUCUGAACUCACGAUUUCCGCUGGACAUCGCUGUUGAUCAUGACGUCGGAGACAAUUAUAUUCAAACUUAUCAUAUUUCAAACACAAACCACUUUGUGGUUGAAGUCAGCACUCGUGAAGAUGGAGAAAAGUCUGCUGAACUUGUUUUGAUCAAAACGCUUGACAGAGAAACGGAAGAGUUUUAUACGAUCGAGGUGACGGCGAUCGACGGGGCGCCGGCGAAAUCGGGCUCGACGACCGUUUACAUCCGAGUGCUGGAUUUUAACGACAACAGUCCGACGUUCGAACACAACUCGCUCAAAGUCGAACUCAGCGAAGAUUCGCCCAUCGGCUCUCGUGUGCUAAAAGUACACGCUUUCGAUCCCGACGCCGGGAUUAACGGAGAAGUCGUUUACGGGUUCGUCGAAGGCUCCACGACGGAAAUCACACGUGUUUUCCAAAUCGACCUCAUCACGGGAGAAGUGACCCUUAAAGACUCCGUCGACUACGAAACAAAGAAGUCCUACGAGUUGCACAUCCAAGCUUCCGAUUUGGGCGCCAAUUCCGUUUCAUCCACCUGUCGUGCUAUUGUCGACAUCGUCGACGUAAACGACAACGCACCGGAGAUCACCAUCAAACCAAUGACUUCCACCAGCGACGGAGUGGCGUUCAUCACCGAAUCUGCCGCUGAAGAAAGUUUCGUAGCUCUAAUCAGCACCUCAGACUUAGAUUCGGGUCCUAACGGCUACGUCCGUACAACUUUAGAAGGACAUGAGCAUUUUAAGCUGCAGCAGGCCUACAGCGACACUUUUAUGAUCGUUACGACCACAACUUUGGACCGAGAAGCCAUUCCAGAAUACAACCUCACCGUAAUUUCCGAAGAUUUAGGAACGCCGCCGUUUAAAACCAUCAAGCAUUAUACUAUUCGCAUCACUGACGAGAAUGAUAACGCACCAAUGUUUAGCAAAGCCAUCUACGACGUCUCAGUAAUAGAAAACAACAUUCCCGGAUCAUACAUGACCACUGUGGUCGCACGCGAUCUUGACGUUGGGAAAAACGGAAAAGUCUCCUACAGCCUAAUCGACGGCAAAACGCCAGACGGUUCGCCGAUUUCUACAUUUGUUUCUGUAGAUCCUCAUUCAGGCUCUUUGUACACGCUAAGGUCGUUUAAUUUUGAAACUCUGAAAGAAGUGGAGUUCGCGGUCAAAGCUAGCGAUAAAGGUUUCCCGCCAUUAUCAAGCACGACUUUAAUUCAAAUCCGCGUGGUGGACGAGAACGAUAACGUUCCUUAUUUCACAUAUCCGGUGUUAAGAAACAAUUCAGCCGACGUCCCGAUUCCCUUCAACGCUCCUAACGGCUAUUUAGCGUUAAGAUUGACAGCUCAGGAUGAAGACAGUGGGGUAAACAGCGAGUUUAGUUUUCAUAUCACAGAAGACGACGCCAAACUUUUUUCCGUUGACAGAAACAGCGGCGAAAUUGUUUUGAAACGAAAACUCACCGCAUCAUGUGGAGACGUCCUGCAGAUUAAAGUUUCGGUUGUUGACAACGGAAGAGAGACGCUUUCUAGCACAGCAACCGUCCGGUUUGUGGUGACCGAUACCGGCGCACAAGAAGACCAGGUCGUUAUUUUACUCCGAACCAAGGAUGAAGAGACUUUAGAGUUUGAUGUGUGGACUGUCAUGAUUAUUGGUUUCGCUGGAUGUUGUGUGCUGUUGCUAGCUGCGAUUAUCAUCCUAACCGUGACUUGCACUAUCAAACGAAGGCGAAGAAACUUCGGGAGAGAUGGUCUGUACGGAACAACACCGCUUUCCAAGAACAACCCUGCCGGUUCAAGUAUUUACAGCGGCCCUAACGGUUUCCUCAGAAGCGAAGGAGAUUCAAUGCAACCUCUGUAUGAAGAUAAAAGCCUGGAUUUUGAGGAAAAGCUGUUCCUGCCCUGCAAACCUUUUGAACAAACAUUUUUAUGGCAAGAUGAAAAAUACUGUCUGCAAAGGAGUGGCACCAGCAACACAGAUCAGCUGAGCGUGAAGGACAGCGGCAAAGGAGACAGUGAUUUCAAUGACAGCGACUCUGACAUCAGCGGAGCCGCUCUCAAAAGAGGCCUGACAACCUUCCAACCGCUGGCCAGAGGUUCAUUCAACACCACAGGAGACUGGAAAAGCAAACCUCACGUUAUACAGACCCGAAACAUGCCCGUCCCUCCCGGCAGCGCCUACACCAUCGGAUUCGCACCGGCACCGCUUUACAACACGACCCACGUCAGCUCCCAAACCUGGAGAGAAAGCCACAGUAAAAUCAACAUGUUAAACACACAGAGACCCGUUCAGACUUUCGCAAGAACAGGAACCCUGCCUUCAUACUCGGCCCAUCAGACCAGAAGAGCGAUGACGGGCGUCGAAGAGCAAAUCGAGUCUGUCAAAGACGGAUUUCUGGUUUCAGCUUCAUCAGAAGUUGCUACCACCUUUUAAAUAUCAAAUAAGGGUUAAGUCUGGUUCAUCAAAUCUGAUGUUUGAUUUAACUAGUUAGUACUUUUGAUACUGGUUUGACACAAAUGGAAGUGUUUUUCCUUUCUUUUCUUGUUUUUUUAAUUCAGGAGAAUAUAUUUAACAACAGCCUGUUGAAGUUAAAUUAUUUUAUAUAUAUUUUGUAAAUAUCUGUAUGUUUUGUAUUACGUCUUUUCCAGUGAAAACAACCCCUUUUUGUGCUGCUGACUCACCAAAAUGAUGGUUUUCCUGUAAAUAAUUUUGCACCAAAACAAUUUAGUUUAUUUUGUAGAUAUUACGUUUGUAUGCAUAUUUAUAUUUUCGUUUGGAAUAGUUGUGUAAAAAUUCUUAUAAAUGUUCUAAACAAUGUCUUUUUAUUAUUUUUUUCUAAUUGCACAUAUAUCCUGAUUAAUCUCUUUCACUCAUUUUAACAAUUACAGAGAAUUGGCAUUGAAUUAAGCAUCAAAUUUUAAAGCAGAAAGACUAAAAUUGUAUUUCCUCCAAUAAUGUUUUCCUUGCAUAUUAGAUUCUCUUCGUUUUCCGGCUUUUUAAGCAAGGCUUAAAAAC